AUGGCUGCCUUUGUCAGAGUCUCGGGGCCGCCAAAUAGCAAUUUCCUCGUAGGGUAUCCCGGAAUAUCGGCGACUUUGCCUCGCGUAGAAGGCAAAGUUGAGAUCAGGCCCCUCACCGGCAUCUCGGCGCCGGUUUCGAUAUCCUUGGUCCGCAUAUGUUUACAAAGGAGAGAAACGAUUCAUCCCUCGGCUGAGUCAAUAGCGAAGAAGCAUUUGGGAACUCCUAGGAGAGAAACAACGGAUGUGGUGGGAAAGGAACUGCUGUUGUUCCGAUGUCCGGCUGGCAAGGAAUCCGAGAGUGUGGUCCUGAUGGACCUCCCGUUUGUACUGUUCAUACCGUUUGGCAGAGGGGGAGAAGAGACCAACAGGCGGAUACCUCCAGCUUCUCUACAGCUCCCGAGUCGAACCGCGGAGACCUUCUACGAGCUGGUAGUGACGGUUCAACAAGGCCAAGAGCAAAAGAAGUUCGCGUUCCCAGUUCCGAUACAGAGAUAUGAUACCCUCUCGACUUUUGGCAUGUACAAUCGGCCUGAAGCUGCAGAGAAAAAGUCCGAUCACUUGGUCACUUUAGGCAUUUCUUUACCGCGCUGGUCCUACGGACCUUUGGAUCCUGUCAGCGUUUACAUAAAGCUCUCGCCAAACCCGGACUGGUUGAGCAAGGCGAAGAAGGUUACUAUCCAGAAAAUAACAAUUGGAAUAGAAGAGGAGAUUACAUAUAAUCCUGAAGGGGAUGAGCCGACGAAAAAGGUCAACCGAAUAGCCAAGCAUACUCAGACAGUUGGGGUAAGGAUGCCAGAAGCUGGGUACUUUACGAAUCUGGGACUUGUCUUUCCUUCUAAGGAGUUACGAGAUUCGGAAGGGAUUAUUCGCCGUGGAAAAGCUGCAUUUCCUAUGUAUGCAGUUAACUCCUUCACCACGACAGGGACUCUAUACAAAAUUGAAUUCUUCCUGAUAAUCAAGGCGCACAUGUCUGCAGCCAGAGAUAUCGUUUUGAGACAACCUAUAGUGGUAUGUCCACUAGACCAGCAGGAUUGCAAAGAGGAAAUGGAUGCCAUAGAGCAAGCCGCCAAAGAUGCAUCUCACGUCGAUCCGCACAACCCAAUGUUACCAGCUUGCACGAUCAUCCGAGCGAAUGACAAGGACGCCUUACGAGCUUUGGGGUGGACCAUGCAUCGAUUCUACGGAGUCACACAUGACGACGAUCUUUCGAACAUCCAGCAACAUGUAGCCAUGUCGUCUCAAGAGGCAUCUCAACUUAUGUCGAAGCAAUGCCUUGAAAUCCCGAUACUGUCACAUAAGGGCGGCGAUAGUGAGGAUAUAGGCGUUUCGGGGAGGGUGACAACAUGUCGAUAUUUGAAAGCGGAAAUCAGGCGCACGAUGUUGGGCACGGGUAUCGUGAAAGUCCAGGAUAGUCAGUCACUUGAUUAG